AUGUCGAGCAGAAAGAUGUCGGGCAUCUCGGUGGGGUCCUACGCCGACCAGAGCAGCAAGCGGCUCGCGGGCAACUCGGUGAUCUCCGGCGGGCGAUCGUACGGCCUCACCUUCCUGAAGAUGACGGCAGACCGCCAGGAGUCCAUCUCCACGGCGAUCGAUUUCAUGGGCGUGACCUUCGGGUUCUGGACGCACGCCGCGCUGAAGAACGUCACGGACGGCACCAUCGCCCCGAGGCCUCGGCCGCCCGCCGACGACGCGGGCGACGCCGCCGACAGCCCCGCCGAGGAGGCGCGGCUGGAGCUGCCCGGCCUGCGCUGGAGCAGGAUUCGCGCCUCCAGGCCGAGGGGCCACAGCGGCGCGGGCCAGCCCGCCGUGCAGCCCGGCAGCGCCGCGGGCCCGGCCGGGGCGCAGGGCGGCGCCGCGGCGCCCUCCGAGCACGCGGGCGCCGCGGGGGACCCGGGCAAGGCCCAGGCCGACGUGGCCGGGGCCGCCGAUGAGCUGGUCGACCUGAUACCGGGGCAGCGCCGCAAGGAGAAGUUCAUGAGCCUGUCCUCGACGGCGAUGGGCGGAUUUGUCUCCCGUAUCAGAUCAUGCCUCUGGGUGGCGCCAUCAGCAAUGUGA